AUGAGUCGUGGGUCGCGGGUCGCGCCUAAGGAGCGCACGACGCAAGCGCGAGCGAACGUUCCGCGAGCCCCCUGGUGCGUGAAGCAGUCACCGCGGGUGCGGGAGCUGGCGGCCAAAGAGGCGAACAAGGGGUACAAGUGGCAGGAGACAGAGAGGGACGAGCGGGAGGUUAGGUCGGCGGCGAUGCGCGGGGAGCGGAUAUGCAAGGUCCUGGAUAACCCAUAUCGGAAAUACCAGAACUGGACUCCUUUACGGCCCAGUGGCCUCCGCAGGCCCGGGACCAAGCUUAUCUAUAGCUUCGGCCCGAGGCUGGAUGAGCCCGCGCAGGUGCUAGGGCGGGAGUCUCUGACGCAGGUCAAGCACCGAAUACAGCCCACGAUGGAAGGGCAAACCCAAACUGUAGCACCUCAGUCCAGCCCGGUUGGGCCUGCUGGCACUCUGGGGCCCGUAGGUCCAGUAGAGAAUCGCGUAGAAGAGAGAAGCGUCGAACCAAGCCUCAAACAUGAGGGCUUAUGA